AUGAAACUCGCGCAAUUUGCCGUGUGGCUCGCGCCGGCAGCAGCCAUAUACUUUUCCGACUGCUUUCACCAGCGCAACAACCCCCUGGGGCUCUCGUGGACGCCAGACAGCGUUUUCGCCGACUACGACAAGGACGAUGGCCGUCUACACUUUUCCGUGACCGGCACGGUGUCAGGGGCGGUGCUCAGCGACCUCAACGAGACGGAAAACAAGUACACAACACUCAACAGCCAAUCGCGCAGCAUGAAGGGGCUUUUUGUCGACAAUUAUACCCGGUUCUGCGACGAGGUCAGCAAGGACACCAAGCCCGAAACCUGCCCUAUUCAGCCGGGACAAGAGGCGUCCUUUGCAUACACAGUGGAGGUGCCCGAGGUGGCGAGGAGGAUUUCCGAUAUCGCAACGAUAUUCAAGAUCAUCAGCCCGGUGGACAAUGGAGAUGGGCUGGUGGUGGGGUGCGUGGAGAUCCAGACCAGUCCCGUAAUUGAUAAGGGCACAAUCUACGCCGUCAUUUUCUCAACCCUGGGCGUGAGUAUAGUUGUGUUUGUGGCAACUUUCGGAGUGCAGUCCUUCUCGACAUGGAGCAGGUUGAACACAGGCUCUGAUUCAGACUUGGACACCUCGUCUCCGCAUGCAACUAUGAAGGCGUCGAUUCUGGCGCAGUUCACGGGCCUGGUGGCGUACUGGCAGUUUGCAUUCUUUGUCGCUUGUCUGAAUCUCAACUACGCAGGUGCUUACCAGGCUGUAGCCUCUGGAUUUGGCUGGGCCGCUCUCACGUUUGGUAAGAGCUUCACCAGCGACGUGAUCGAAUCUGCAGACCCCGCCAACGGACUCUACAACUUUCACACGCCGGGAAUGCCAGCUAUGGCAACGAUAGUCGGUCUGCACGACAACCGGGACAUUUGGCCAGGCUUCAUCAUAUGGUUUCUGGUCAUUUUCGGGGCUACCAUCAUCGCCAUGUGCGUGUCACAAUGCCUGGCCGGCAGAACGAGUUUUGCAUCUCUAUUGACAGGACUCGCUAAAACUACAAUCACGGUGGUCUACUCAUUACUUGCUCUGCCUCUGCUGGCCCUCAGCUUCUACCAGCUUCAGGCGGGAGGUACUCUGACCGUGGCCAAGGUGCUCAGUGGCUUGAUUGUCGGGUUUUGGGCACUGGGAGGUAUAUACUUUUGCUGGAGUGUAUCUCAAGGACGAAAUGGAGAUUUGGGAUGCUUCACAGGAUGCAUGAAGCCAAGCACUUCAUCUGCGUUUCGAGCAUCCAUUGUCUUCGUCGAACUAGCCCACGUCUAUCUGCUGGGUGUGUGUAUUGGCGUUCUGCAAUCUUCGGGUGUGGCCCAGGUUGCUUUCUUGGGCACAUUGGAGUUUCUCAUCUUUGCAAUCACCUUGAUUGUUGCUCCUUAUGUGUUCAGUCGUCUGAGUGCCCUGGUUGCACUGUUCCGAAUGAUCAUCUCUCUGCUGUCCAUUGUAUAUAUUCGCAGUUUGGACACCUCCCUUUCGCUGAAGAUCAUCAUGGGUAUUGUCAUCAUGGUGCUGCAUUUGGUGGUCUGUUUGUCGUUUUUGUUUUUCGCAGGCCUUUUGAUCUUCCGACCUCGAUUUAGAUCCCAGUCUUCGCCUGUCAGCUCCUCGUCUUCCUUCAACAUCAACUCCAAGUCGGUUUCUCCCGUCAAUGGUGACACGCUUCUGGGCCAAUACAACGACGAUCUUAACUCGCAAUCCGAAAAACGAGCCGCCAUCAGAGAAAACAUCCGUUUCCAGCCGGAAAUGUAUGAAAGACCCAUGUCUGGACUUCAGGAUCAUCUCAAGGGUCAUGUUCAGGAUGUGCAAAGCCCCCAGGAUCUUGGUCUAGCUGACAUGGACUUUGAUUUCGAAGACGAACGGCCCAUGCACCAGCGACCUGUUUCGGGCCACAAGAGAUCCAUGUCUGGAAACGAACGGCCACUCUCAGGUUCGCUCACAGGGUCUAGGCCAACGUCUGAUCUCUACGAGCGAAGACAGUACCGACGAAGACGAAGUUCGGCGUCUGGCCAUCGCAAGUCGCUCACCAUUGAUACCUCUGCUCUUGUCAAAUCACAUACUAACCCUUCCCCUGCCCUGCCCAACCCCCCUGCACUCAAGACCGUGGCAGACAGAGUGGUGGCUUCUCCUCACACAUACUACCGACCUCCUCGGCGACGAUCGGAGGAUCGAACAAGUACUGCUACUCCUCAGACUCCUGAGGUGCCUGUGCUUCCUUCUCCUCAUGUGGACUACACUCAGCGAGAGGCUGACAUCUACAAGCGAAGUUCUACCAUGUGCGAAGACUACGAUCUGGGAGGUGUUGGCAGCCACGACGCGCUUCACAAGUCGACUUCGCAUCUCAUUUCCAAGACCCGGUCUGCUGACGAAGUGAUCAACAAGCAUGAGCGUAAGUUGUUCCAGCCCAAGACGUGGAUCAAACCUGAAGAGGAUCCCCUCGAGCCCAAGGGCUUUGAGGUGGUUGGCAGAGGCAAGUAG